AUGUGACACACAAACAUUUUUGUGCUGGUUUCUUGUCCAAAGGCGGAGGUGCAUGUAACCGUGACGUAGGAGCCCCGGGCGUGGUGGAUGGUAAGCUGAUGGGAGUGGUAAGCUUCGGCUCCCCCACUUGUGGGACUCCUGACGCCCCCACUGUCUUCACUAAAUUAGGAUACUACACUGACUGGAUAGAAGACGUUAUGGAAAAGCCCGUACCUGUUUCCUUGAAGCGUACCACAAAGAAACCAUUGUUCGAUGUAUUUAGUGUUAUACCUUUGGAAGGACCUACGACGACCACAUUCAAAAUACCACCUAUCACAGGAAACAAGUUAGACCCUAUAUCAAUUCACGACAUCGACAACACAUUAAGACAUAUAGACGAAAAUCUUUUUAAAGAAUUUGUGUCCACAAUGUUCACCAGUAGUGAAAUCGAUAAGUAUUUACAAAUUAUUAGACAACAACCGAAAACAAAAGGAAAUGUUGAAAACAAAACAGCGACAGUUAACGUCAAUAGUGAGAGUGAUUCUUCUAUUGAUAAAAGUGAUGUAGUAUUUGUAACCAAAUCUCCCGAAUUUGACGAAGCUGUAGUUAAAGCAGAAGAUAUUGAGAUACGGGGCUCAGAAUCUGACAGUGACAACGAACGAAAUUCUCAAGUACUAUCACAAGAAUCUUACAGGGGCGAAGAAAAUCAAGCAAUAGUAGACGAAUCCAAAGUAGAAAGUGAUAUAAUUCAAUUCAUGAAAAACAUAGAUUUGAAAAAAAUUAUUCAAGAAGAAGUAAUGGAUACGCCAAAAGCGGGAGAAAAGGGAAAAAAUGAAUCCUUUUUAAAAUUAGCAUACCUUAAUGAUACUGAUAAAACAGGACAUGGUGAUAACCUGGACGAUAAUGAUGGAUUAAGCUUAGUAGGAGAUAAUAGUUUCGAAGAUAUGACGAGGUCAAAACUCAACAGCACCAACAGGAUUUUUCCCGAAAAGGAGGUUUAUGGUUUAUUGUCCGAUGUUAUCGAAGAGGAAGUACAAAAUAAAUUAGUAAAGGGUUUUAAAUACUUGGGUUUUUUAUUUAGAAUACUACUAAAU